UAUUGACCAGCGUUUAUUUGAACAACAAAACUUAAACAGGAAGCCGCGCAGCCAGCGACAACAAACUUACAAGCGUUACAUUAUUUUUACAUCAUGUUAUAAUUCCGAAACACAAAGUAAACCUCCGUGUUCCCGUCUGAACCCGCCAGCAGAACACUGAGUCAUGGAUCCGUUGUUGGAAACCCUGAAGAACAGCGACUUGAGCUCGGUGCUGUCGUCGUGCGAGCCGGAGCUGCAGGAGCUCAUGCGGCAGAUCGACAUCAUGAUGGACCAGAGGAAGAGGGAGUGGGAGGCAGAGGUCCGGGGCCUCGAGCAGCGCCUCCAGGCCGGGGAACACGAGCUGAGGUUGGCCAGGCGGCUGGGGGAGCAGAGGGUCGUGGAGAUGGGGUAUCUGCGGCAGCAGCUGGAGGAGGCGCAGGCUGGGAGACUGAGCCUAGCGUCACGCUAUGAGGAGCAGCUACAGAAGGUCCACGAGGAGUUAUCCAGGUUGAAGAGAAGCUAUCAGAAGCUCCAGAGGAAACAUCUGAAGGAGGCGAACGAAGGCGCGAAGGGCCGAGAGGAGCUGCCUCUGAAAGACAAGAGCGAGGUGCAGUGCCUGUGUGUGGGCCGUGCUGGUGUUCUAGCGCCAUCUGCUGGUCAACAAGGGUAUGACCACCAGUGGCGAGGUGGUGUUCUAGCGCCCUCUGCUGGUCACCGAGGGUAUGACCACCAGUGGCGAGGUGGUGUUCUAGCGCCCUCUGCUGGUCACCGAGGGUAUGACCACCAGUGGCGAGGUGGUGUUCUAGCGCCCUCUGCCGGUCACUUCGAGUAUAACCACCUGUUCCCGGAGGAGAGGCGGACCGGUCUCCUCUGUAACCUGGCGUCUGGUUCACAGGUGGGGCUGGAGGACAGAGCAGAGGUCCCGGGGCUCCAGAGGGAGGUGAGCAGGUUGCAGCAGGCCCUGAAGGACAAAGAGCACGAGACACGGGUGGAGGGGGCCACCCGGCAGCGGGCCGAGCACUGUAAGGUGGAGGAGGAGCUGAAGAAGCUGCUGAGUCAGGCCAAGGAGGAGAGGGCCGUUGCCGUUAGCGACGCCAGGAAGCUGGGGGAGGAGCUCCAGCGGUCCCGGCUGACCCACGGCGGGGAGCUGGAGGGCGUGAGGAAGGAGGUGUCCCGGCUGGCGGGGGAGCUGCACCGCCGGGACGUCGCCGUGGCAACGCUGGAGGGCUCCGCCUCCGCGGCGGCGCGGCGGCACGGCGCCGAGGCGGGGCGGGCGGAGCGCCGGGAGGCGGAGCUAACGGUUCUCCAGGUGCAGCUGGAGUCCCUGAAGACGGAGAACCAGCGCCUGAGCGCUGUUCUGGAGAGACUGGACCCCUCACCGUCCCCCAAGAGAGGGUCUGCAUGUCGGGGGUCCGACAGGGAGCGGGGGGUGACGUCGCUGAGCAGUCUGGAGCGGGAAAACCGGCAGCUCAGACAGGAAGUGAACCAGAUGAGGUCCCGCCUCCAGGAGAGAACUCCGCCUCCCCCGGCUAAGGGCGGCCAAUCACAGUCCACGUGGCUCGGCAGUGGAGGCGGCGCGGGCAGGGAGGAGGAGGAGGAGGGGGUGCAGGCGAUGAAGGCCAAGCAGCAGUCGACCCCCCCGCCCUACGGGGAGGGGCUCCACAGAGUCCCGGUCCCUCCAGACCUCCUCUCCCCCGGGUCCCAUCAGCCCCACCGCGUCCCUGCGCCUCCCUCCUCCUCCCCCUCCCCCUCCCCCUCCUCCUCCUCCUCCCCCUCCUCAUGGCGGGGGAGGAGGGUGAGGACGGGUCGGGAGGAGGGGGUCGCCGGGGGGAGGUACUCCUCCAGCUCCGAGGAGGUGCUGCCGGACCCCCUGGGGGGCGAAGACGAGGAGACGGUGAGUUCUGCUCCUAACUCUUCGGCGCAACGUGUUUGAGCCCUUUUCCUUUUC